ACCUCUGUUAUAUGAGUCUUAUCUAAAGAGCAGAGACCACUGAUAAGAUGCUCUCCUAAGUGUCCUUUCAAAGCCUCUCAUUCAUCCUUGACCGCUCCAGUUAUCUAAGGUCAAGAAUAAAGCAUGUUUGAAGCACCAGUUGGAGUCCAGAGUGUCUUCUGUGUCUUCUUUAAAUGUAAAAUCCACCAUGGUUUCUCUUUCCUGUUUUCCCUACAUUUUCCUGUUCCUGUUGGUCACAAAUACAUGACUGUGAAAUUCUCUCUUUAUAUAUCUGGGUGGAUGUCAGAGUGGAGGUCAGCCAUGGUCAGGCAUCUGGAGCUGGUAGGGUUAAAGACAGUAGCAGUUUGAACCCUCAACCUUCUGCUCAGUAACCCAGAGCCUCAACCGUAGAACCACUUAGACCUAGUAUUUUGGGUGAAAUAAACCAAUAAAACCAUAACCCAUUUAUUAGUAAGUACGAUUUGGGUGGAACAAACCUUCAAAAUUAUUGGCACUUGGACAGAAGAUAAUAUUUUAGAUGGAAUAAACCUUUAAAUUUAUAACUUUUUCGUUAGAAAGUAACUUUUGGUUGGAAUAAACCAUUAAAACUGUAAGUCGUGUAGAAACUCGUGUUUUUGGUGGAACAGGCCUUUAAAACCUUACUUAUCUAGACAGGACGUAGUAUUCUGGGUGGAAUAAACUUUUAAAAUUUAAAAUACGUUGACAGAAAAUAGUAUUUUGGUAAAAUAAACCUUCAAAACUGCAUGAACCACGACAAAAAAUAGUAUUUUAUGUGGAAUAAAACUGUAAAGGGCUAAAUCGUACAUUUUUAAUCCAGUAUUUUGACCGUUUGCGCUGUUUUGACAAAUAAAGUUCCUUAAACGGCGACUUCCUUAUACGCAGGGGUUACGUUGCCAUGGCAACACCGUUAGUAGGACACCAUAGCAACGGCGGCUGUAAACUAAAAUGUCCUCCUCAGAAGACAAGAACAAGAAGAGGACUCUGGUUCUGAGGCCCUCCUCCAGGGCGGGAAACGUCUCCGUGUCCGGCCGGUAUGGAAACCAGAGCUCCAGAACCGGCAGCAGGAAGAGCCUCAGUCUGGGAGGAGGCAGCAAAGUCCUGGACAAGAGCCACGUCCACAUUCCCAGACCUGCUGUCCGGGUGUUUGAUGAAGACAACAACGUCGUCACUCCUCAGCCGCUGUACCAGGCUGAUCCUGGAACAGCUCAGGCCAAAGGAAGCAGGUUCUUUAUGAAUGAAAUCUCUGGAGGAUCAGACCAGACCACAGCCACGGGGAGCUUUACCAUGCCCUUCUCCAAGCCAGUAUUUGGCAGCAGUAGAAUAUCCAGCCAGUCUACCAUAGAGUCGGUGAAUGAGGAGAUAGAGGACACAUUCUCUAAACGUGACCAGCCAAUCAGCAUCCCAGAUGUGAAGCUGAAAAAGAGCACAGUGAAAGAACCGGUGACAGAAGAAAUGUUGAAGGAGAUCAUAGACGUCUUCCUCACAGAGACAGACACCAUCUCACUGCUGGACAUACCCAGCGCCUUUGUCUCAGUGGAUGCUGAUGAGGCCGACGCUGUCAUAGAAAGAAACAACCAGUAUGCUGAGGUUUGCAGGAACAGGAUGGGUAACGAUAAAUACGUGAAUCGAUCUGUGCAGACGCUGAAUGGAGCAGCUAAACACAAACAUGUCCAGAGUGACAGCCUGGUCAUGGUGGACGCAGCUGUGACUGUUACCACCUGGGACAUGUUUGACACUCUAUGCAACCUUGAGCAGGAACAAACCAUCAGGAGCCCUCAGCCAGAGAAGACUGACUUCCCAGAAGCUGUUUUGGACUCCAGUAGAGCAGCAGAAAGAAGCAUGUCAGUGGGCAGCACAGUCAGUUCAGUCAGUGCUUCCAGCUCAGUAAAAGACGUAGAAUCAUCUGGAAACACAGCAAACACCGAGUCGGAGUUGCAGCUCAUCAUGCAGUCAGAGAGAUUCCAGCACAGCUUACUGGUGAUGGAGAGGAGCAUCCUGUCGAACAUCUUCCAACCUCAGCUGGCUGCUUACAGACAGCUGCUUGUACUAGAAGUGAUGUUUUCAGACCCAGACAGUCCGGUGGAGCAGAGAGAGGAGGAUACAGGAAGCUCUCCGUCUCCAUCCCUGCGGAGUCUCUGGGUUUUCAGCUGUAAGCUCAGCAGAGGACGUAGCAUCAGCAGCAUGGCCUGGAACAAGAAGAACCUGGACCUCCUGGCGGUGGGAUAUGGUCAGUUUAACUCCGGGGACCAGGAACCAGGUCUGGUGUGCUGCUGGUCCAUCAAAAACCCCACGUGGCCUGAACAUUUCAUCCACUGUGACAGUGCUGUGACCUGUCUGGAUUUCUCAGCCAACAGCCCCGGUCAGCUGGCGGUGGGGAUGCAUGACGGCAGCAUCACCAUCUACAACCUGCAGAGUCCAGACAAGUCCAGAGUCAUCAGCAGCCACGAAUGUCCAAAGAAACACCUGGGUCCGGUCUGCCAGCUCAGAUGGAUCCAGCAGGAGCUGAGUUUAACGGGGGAGGACAGGGCUGAAGCUCUCUUCUCUGUGGGGGCAGAUGGAAGAAUCUGCAAGUGGUUUGUCUUCGGCAGUGUCCUCAACUGUACAGACCUGAUGAUGCUGAAGAAGGUUACUACAAUGAAGAGGCCUGGAGGAAACAAGACGGAUAAGACCGAAGAGAAUGUUCUGUCUGUCCUGACUCCUGGUCUGUGUUUUGACUUCCAUCCAGCAGAACCCAGUAUCUACCUGGCCGGUGCAUGGGAGGGUCUCAUCCACAAGUGUUCCUGUUCCAACACUCAGGAGUUUCUGGAGACUUACCACAAACACUUUUGUCCUGUGAACUACAUCACAUGGAGUCCUCUCAGUCCUGAUGUGUUCCUCAGCUGUUCCUCUGACUGGACCAUCCAGCUGUGGAAGCAGGACCAGCUGAACCCCGUGUUGGGCUUCACCUCCACCAGGGGGGCCGUUUAUGAUGUCAGAUGGUCCCCAAAGUGGGCAACGGUUUUUGGAGCUGUUAAUGAACAACAGCUGGAGAUCUGGGACCUCAAGACGAGAAUUCUGGACCCGGUCAUUGUGCAACCUGCUGCCCCUGGAGUGACGAUGACGUCCCUGCUGUUUGUCCAACAGACGGACUGUGUUGUGGUCGGAGACAGCGAUGGACAAGUGACCAUCUACCAGCUCAAGAACCUCAGUGUGGGAGAAGGCAGCCAGGUGAAUGUUCUGGAAGACCUCCUGCGCUCUGCAGCUUCCAGAUAACUUCAAGAAACGGAUGGAUGUAUCCGUAGACUCAUCCAUAUAAGAAAUUAAAGCAUAUGUGUAGGUAGCAUAUAUAUAUAUAUAUAUAUA